AUGAAUAGGCUCGACAUUAAAGAAAAAUUGAUUGCUCGCUCCGAGCAUCGAGUCAAGUCCGUCGAUCUCCAUCCUACUGAACCAUGGCUCCUCUCUUCCUACUACAAUGGAAAUGUUACCAUUCAUGACAUUUCUACCAAACAAAUCAUUAAGAGUUUUGAUGUUACUGAUUUACCUGUUCGUUGUGCCAAAUUCAUUCCUCGUAAAAGAUGGAUUGUCUGUGGAAGCGAUGAUCAUGCCAUUCGUGUCUUUAAUUACAAUACCAUGGAAAAGGAACGUGAAUUUGAAGCUCAUGAUGAUUAUAUUCGAUCCAUUGCCGUACAUCCUACAAAGCCUUACAUUCUCACCUGUUCAGAUGAUAUGAGUAUUCGAUUGUGGGAUUGGGAAGACAAGUGGAGAUGUGUUCGAAAAUUUGAAGGACAUACUCACUAUGUGAUGCAUGUUGUAUUCAAUCCUAAAGAUCCAAAUAUAUUUGCAUCAUGUUCAUUGGAUGGAUUAGUGAGAAUGUGGAAUAUUCAUACCGAACAACCUAAUUUUACUCUUCAAGGUCAUGAAAAGGGUAUUAACUAUAUUGAUUUCUAUCAUGGUGUGGAUAAACCAUUCUUGAUUAGUGCAAGUGAUGAUAUGGUUGCAAAAGUUUGGGAUUAUCAAACCAAACAUUGUGUUCAAGCCUUAGAUUCUCAUGCUCAUAACGUUACGACAUGUUGUUUUCAUCCAAAAUUACCAAUUAUUAUCACUGCCAGUGAAGAUUUUACUGUGAAUAUUUACAAUUCUCAAACAUUUAAAUUAAUCAAGACUUUGAAUUACAAUUUGGAACGUGUAUGGGGUAUGGCAUACACUCAUGAAGAUUCAAGAUUGGCAUUGGCAUGUGAUUUGGGUAGUGUGGUAUUGAGAUUGAGUAAAGAUACACCUGUCGUUGCUAUGGAUAAGAAGGGUAAAGUGACCUAUGCUUUGAAUAAUGAAGUUCAACAAAUGACUAUUAAGGAGCCUUUGAGUGCAGGUGGUACUGGUACUACUGGUAUUUUUGGUACUACUGGUACUGUUACUGGUACUACUGGUACUUCUACUGGUACUACUUCUACUACAACGACGAGUACUACAAGUCAACUCUCUGAACGUCUCACCAACAUUCCAACCAAAGAUAUGGGAUGUAUUGAUAUUUAUCCUGAAAGUAUGGAAUAUGAUCCAAAAGGACACUUUAUCAGUGCUGUGGGUGGAGGUGAUUAUGUGAUUUAUGCUGCUGUUUCAAUGCGUUCUAAAACCUAUGGAAAUGGUGAAGAAUUGGUUUGGAGUUCCGUAUCCUCUGGUUGCUAUGCAGUAAGAUGUAAAAAUAAUGAAAUUAAGAUUUACAAGGACUUUAAAGAACACAAAGUAUUCAAACCAUUCUUUACUCCCAAACAAAUCUUUGGUGGACAAUUAUUAGGAAUUUCAUCCAAAGAUUUUAUUUGUUUCUAUGAUUGGGAUUCCUGUCAAAUGAUUCGAAACAUUGGAGUCUCACCACGUAAAGUCUAUUGGAGUGAUGAUAACGUUGCAAACAGUGCAGUUCUAUUAGCCACUGAUAAUGAAUUUUAUAUUUUGAGAUAUGAUGCUCUCUUGGUGAAGAAUUCUUUAAAGAACAAAAUGUCUCAAGAAGAAGACUCUCAAAUUGAAGAUUCACUCAUUUUAGAAUACAAUGUGGAUGAAAAGAUUCGUGAAGGUCAAUGGGUCGGUGAAACAUUUAUUUAUACCAACAAUGAUGCAAGAUUGAAUUAUGUGAUUGGUGGACAAGUGACUACGAUUACUCAUUUAGAAAAUGCUAAACACUUCUUUUUAGGUUAUGUUGCUAAACAUAAUAGAAUUUAUAUUAUGGAUAAGGAUCGUAACAUUCUCUCAUUUAGAUUAUACAUUCAAGUCUUACAAUAUGAGAGUUCUAUUUUGAGAGGAGAUUUAGAUCAAGCAUCUCUAUUAUUACCUCAAAUUCCACAAGAAGAAUACAAUCGAUUAGCCAAAUUCUUAGAUGCACAAGGUUAUAAGGAAUUGGCCAUGCAAGUCACACGUGAUGAUGAACACAAAUUUGAAAUUGCUCUUCAACUCAAUGAUUUGAAUAAGGCUUAUGAGAUUAUUAAGGUGAGCAAAUCUGCAUUGGAAACGAAAUGGAAACAAUUAGGACAAUUAGCACUCUCUCAAAGUAAUAUCAAAUUAGCACAAGAAUGUUUCACUCAUGGCAAUGAUUAUGGUGGAUUGUUGUUAUUGUACACGAGUACUGGAGAUGUAGAAGGAAUGAAGCAAUUGGCUGAAUUGUGUCUCCACAACAAACAUCAUGUUGGAUACAAUAAUAUUGCAUUCAUGUGUUUCUAUUUAUUGGGACAAGUAGAUUCAUGUUUAGAUUUAUUGAUUGAGACGAAUCGGUUACCUGAAGCAGCUCUCUUUGCACGUACUUUUGCACCUUCUCAAGUCUCGAGAGUGGUUCAAUUGUGGAGAAGUGAUUUGACAGGAGUGAAUAUCAAUAGUGGUGGUGGUGUUAGUGGUGUUGGUAGUAUUGGUAGUGGUGGUAGUGUUGGUAGUGUUGGUAGUAUUGGUAGUAGUAUUGGUAGUGGUGUUGGUGGUAGUAUUGGUACCAAGGUUGGCACUUUGAGAAGUGAAUUGAGUUCACAACGAUUGAAAUCCAUUGCAGAGUCAUUGGCUGAUCCAUCCGAUUAUUCCAAUCUAUUCCCCAAUUUUGAAGAUGCACUUGAAAUUGAAAAGUAUUUGAGAGAGAAUUAUUAUCAACAGACUUUUGAUUCUACCUUGUAUUCACAAGUGAAACAAACCAUGUUUGGUUCAGAUGGAAAUGGUGUGAAUUGGAUUGAACAAUACAAACAAGGAGGAGGUGAACAAUUUGUAAUUACCUUACCAUCGAACAACAACAACAACAAGGAACAUGAUGAGUAG